AUGGAGGGUGAGUAUGAGAAUACUGUUCCUCUUGAUGACACUAUUGCGCUGGGAAGUCCUGAAGCUGAAGCCCAUCUACGGACUCUUGAUAUUAACACCGAGGUGUUGAGUACCCCUGAUUCCAUUGACUGUGGCAUAGCUCAAAGCCUGGAUGACAUAGUGGAUGAUUCUAUGGACGCUAUUCCGCUUGAUAUUGACAAAGAUGGAUCCGAAGUCGUGGGCAAAAUAUUUCCACUGAAGGAAAACAAGACAAGUGUUAGAGGGCAUGGUUCAUGUAUGGAGAAAAGGAAGAUGAAUGCUCUUGGACGUACGGUGAUGCUGGAUAAAGAUGUCACUGGACAUUCCAUUCAGCAGUUAGCUUCUACUAGAAGAACUGAUGAACGUGGUGAUACUCAGAAGCAUGAACUUGCCUCUUCCCAUGCUGACACUAGUAAUCACAAACAACAAUUUAUUCAAGACAGUGGAACAUCUGAAUAUGAAGAGGCUUUACCAGAUCAUUCAUAUAACAUUGUCCAAAAGGAUUACAAGAGCUUGGAGAGCAUUGGGCUGUCAGUUGUGAAUGCCCUGGACUUUGUUGAUCACUUUCUGGCCGUUAAUAAUCAGUACUUAUGUGGGAAGUUUGAAAAUGCAAGAGCUGAUGGUACAAAUUCACCUCCUCCUUUCACUACAAAGGGAGCACAAACAUUGGCAAGCAGAACAAAUCUUGCCACCAGAGCUCGAGAAUUAGGAAUGUUUGAUUGGGAAGAAAAGCAAGCUACCGAAAGAAAUUCUGAUAAGAAGCAGGAUGAAAAGUUUGCUAUGGGAUCUCCAGGAAAGCCAUCAGAACAGGAUCAAAGCGCAACAAAUGGACAAGAUAUCUUUGAAUUUGGUUUCGACACUCAAAUGGCUGCUGAGGCUAUGGAAGCCUUAAUAUGUGCACCCCCUCCCAACUCUAGGGAACAAUGUACUUAUCAAGUUCCCAAGAAUGAAAUCCAUAACUCCUCAGUAAAUGCAUCAAAGGAUGAAGGAUUAAAACACUCUGCCAAUAAAAAGGUGGCUGAUUCAGGUCCACAAACCAACAGGAAACGAACAGUAAAAUUAAGGAGUCCCACUAACAGGUUGAAUGGCAAUAAGCCUCGCCAGUUCAAAAAACACUCUGAAAAUCUCACGGGGUACAACUCUCCCUCUUCAAUAAACAAAAAUCUCAUCUACAGGGAGCCAUUGGCUGCAAAAUCUUCGAAUUGUGGACAUGCUCUUACUAUGAAGAAAAGUAUAUGUGGAAGAAGUUCUAGGGUAAUCAGUCAACAAAAGAAUGGUGCACCUUGUGAAAGUGAGAACUCAAAGGGAGCAGGGAAUGAUCUUGUUUCAUUGAAUUUCAUUGGACUUAACCAACAUGGAGAAGAAAUGUUAUUCAAGAAGUUCCGAAGAUCUUCACAAAAAACAAAGAGGAUGGAAUUUCAGCCAUCUAUGGCUCCAGUAAGUAGUUUUAAAAGAAGGAUAAGCGCUAAUUUGGAGUUUGAUGUUCCUAAGAAAAGGAGAAAGAAGAGAUUAGGCAUUGGUGUUUGCAAAACCAUUGAAAGCAAAUCUUUGAUGUCAGCAUCUGAUGGCUUAGCGGAAGUUACAAGAACCAAAGGUCCUCAACAACCUAGAAGUACUUCUGGUUCAUUUGGAACUAUUGAUCUGUUAAAACUGGAUCCAUGGUGCUAUCCAAAACAGAAGAGAACACAUAAGGGUGUGAGACACCAAUCAAAUGGAUUCAGUAACUCAUCUACUUUGUUGACUUUAGCUGAUGACGAGAACAAAAACAAGUAUCCUACUGAAAAUAGAUUAUCUUCUUGGAGGAAUUGUGGGCCUUUGCUCCAUAGUCAAACAGAAUUUGGGUCCUCCCCAGAAAAGAAUCUGCCUGGUGUGUGUGAAUCGGCAAUCACAAGUGAAGAAAUGAUUAUUAUGGACCUCGAUAGAGUUAAAUCCUCUGAGCUAUAUGGAAAAUCAGAUAUGAUGGGUACCAUAUGGUCCGCGGAUUGUUCAGAGAACAUCAGGUUAGGUGCAGUAUCAGCUGAUAUAAGGGCAUCGCAAACUACCAAGACUGAUGUCAGAAUUCCAGGCAAGAAAUUGAUCUCAAGACCAUCCCUUAUGAAAGAGCUUACUCGAUUAGGAUAUAACAAAUCUCUACCCAAUUUUAUGCCUAGAGAGUUGAGAAGACGAAGGAGAAACGUUUGUGUCUUAUUCAGUCAACAUCUGAAGUCUAAUGUACUUAACCAGCAGAAAAAGAUUUUGGCCCGAUUAGGCUUUUCAAUCGCAUCUUGUUGCUCAGAUGCCACACACUUUGUAAUUGAUGGAUUUGUGCGUACACGGAAUAUGUUGGAAGCCAUUGCUUUUGGUAAGCCAGUGGUGACACAUUUAUGGCUUGAGAGCUGUGGACAAGCAAACUCUUUCAUUGAUGAGAAGAGUUACAUACUUCGAGACACCAAAAAGGAAAAUGAAAUUGGUUUUAGCAUGCCUGCUUCACUUGCUUGCGCAAGAGAGAAUCCACUUUUGCAGGGUCGAAGAGUCUUUAUAACUCCGAAUGUUAAACCAAGCAUAGAGUUGAUUCAGAGCUUGGUCAAGGCAGUUCAUGGCAAGGUAAUUAAAGGAAUUGGAAGGGCAGCACAAGGGGAAAAUUUCAUAUCAAAAGAACUAUUAGUUCUUACCUCAGAGGAGGAUUACGUUAGCUGCUUGCCAAUUCUUGAGAAAGGUGCUGCAGUGUAUGAUUCGGAGCUUUUGCUGAAUGGGAUAGUUAUUCAGAAACUAGAAUUUGAGAGGCAUCAGCUUUUCACCAACUGUGUUGAGGGUAACUGCUCCAAAAAAUGUCCGGAGAAGAAUUGAGUUGCCCGGUUAAGCUGUAUGUAGAAUUGUAGAUACUAGAUGGGAAUUCCCAGCUUGACAACUGGAUUGCUUUCCAGCGAGUCGUGGUGGCUAUGUUGGGGUGGAAAGGACGCGUAAUUUCUGCAAUUAUUCUCGAAUUCCAUUUUCAUUCCUUCAUUUUUAGGUGUUAGUGCAAGAAGGUUCUUACUCAAACCAGUUUAGAAAAAUCUGGU